CGAGGAGCUGUGAGGAUUUCAGUCCAGCCUCUCCUCCUCACGCGCGUACAGAGUUGUCUAGCGCGUGAACACAAACAGACGAACAGCACCGACCUGUUGAGAAUGUGACAGCAAUUAUUUUAGUAUUAUUGUAGAACCUUAACCGCCAAAACGUUGGCGUAUGAGGUGAGGUGUCUCCGUGUUGUGUUCAAGGAGCCAUGGAGCCGAUAACAAAGUGGACGCAAAAGCAAGUUAUCGACUGGAUGAGAGGUUUGGAUGAAAGCCUGCAGCAGUAUGUGAGCAACUUUGAGCGGGAGAAGAUCAGUGGGGAGCAGCUCCUGAAGGUCACGCAUCAAGACCUGGAGGAGCUUGGCGUGGCCAGGAUCGGCCACCAGGAACUGGUGCUGGAGGCCGUGGAUCUCCUCUGCGCUCUGAACUAUGGGGUAGAGACGGACAACUUGAAGAACCUGGUGGUGAGGAUGAGAGCUGCCUCCAACAGUCUCCACACGGCGACGUCUGACCGCAGGAAGAGCCCCGUGUAUGACGGCAGCAUGACACGCAGGCCGCCCAACGACUUCCUCACCUCUGUGGUGGAGCUGAUCGGCGCUGCAAAGAGCCUGCUGGCUUGGCUCGACAGGACGCCUCUGACAGGAGUCAGUGACUUCACGGCCACCAAGAACAAGAUCAUCCAGCUGUGCCUGGAGCUCACCACCACCGUUCAACAGGACUGCAGUGUUUACGAGAUGGAAGAGAAGAUCCUGGAAGUUUCUAAGAUUUUGAACAGCAUAUGUGAUCAGACCAUGAGAACCACCUCUGACCCCUUGAUGAGCCAGUCGGCCUGCUUGGAUGAGGUCCAGCUGACGGAUAUCAAACCGGGAGAGGGUCUGGGGAUGUACAUCAAGUCCACCUACGAUGGCUUACAUGUCAUCACGGGAACCACAGAAUAUUCACCGGCAGACCUGACGAGGAAGAUCCAUGCUGGGGACGAGGUGAUCCAGGUCAACCAGCAGACAGUGGUGGGCUGGCAGCUGAAAAACCUGGUUGUCAAACUGAGGGAGGACCCUAAAGGUGUGGUUCUACUCCUUAAGAAGAGGCCCACCGGCAUAACAGGCUUCACCCCCGCCCCACUCAAGAACAUGCGCUGGAAGCCCGCAGUCCAACAGAAAAAUCCCUCCCUGAUCAGAGCCCAGUCUCCCUGCGGCUCCGCUAACGGGUCAACCAAAAAGGAGAAGUCGGCUAUCCUAAACUUGUACAUCCCCCCUCCUCCUCCGGUGCCGUACACCCCAAGAGAGGAGAGAACAGACCCCUUCCGCGGCAUUAGUAAAAGACCAAAGGGCUCCGAGUCACCCAACUCCUAUCUGGACCAGGAGAGCAGAAGACGCUCCGAUGUCGGCUGCCCCAUCGAGGCCAAUGUGAUCCAGGCCAGACUGAGGGAGCAGAGGUCCUCGCGUGGUAAGCCCCGCCCCCUCUCCAUGCCCGUGGACACCUGCGUCGGAGUGGUCGAUCCCUACGCUAAGCCCUGGAACCAGGGAAGGAAAGGUGAGGACCUCCUGUACAGAUACCUGAGCAAUGAGAGGAUCCCCACCAUUGCAGAGGAGGUCCCCUCGGUGUCGCCGCCCUACAGGCCUGCCGGGGAACAUCACCUCGUCCGAGUGGACCACAUCCGGGGCAGCCGCUACUACUCCAACUCCAACGCCAACCUCCACAACAGCGCCACCAUCCCCUACCAGGAGGACAUCAAAAAGGCCCCCGUAGGCCCCGUUUCCAAGCGUGCGACGGCAGAACGCUCACUACUGGUCAGUUGGAUCACGCGGCUUAAGCUAUUGACUCACUGAUGAUGCGCUUCCUGUCCGGGCUUCCUGUUCCUGUCUUUCGUCCUUCCUCAGUGCCUUUUGAUUUUUUUUUACGUCCAGCUGUUUGGUAUUUUUUUGGCCGCUUCUGCAGUUUCUCACACUCCUCUCUCCCCAACCUCCAUUGUUUCCCCCUGGUGUCACUACUUCUACCGACUACUACUCUUCAACCCAACUUGCUUUCGUAGUACUCACCACAUCACAUCAUCACCCCUUUAACACUGCCCCCACUCCCCUCCUCGUCUCUGACGACACAUCCCGAUCGCUGCCUCAAGAAGACACGGCUUGUUCAGGUUUAGGAUACGUUGGCCUUGUGUCUGUGGACUCCUCUGUACAUAUUACGCUUUGUCAUGUUUCAGUCGAUAUGCUCUCUGGUACUAUUAUUUAAUACUUCAGAAAACUUGCCUGCUAUCACUCCGGCUGUUUGCUUACUUUGGUUUUUUUUGCAUAAAGAAGUAAUAAGAAUACAGUAUAUUUUGUUGGUGAAACUGCUUUUACUUUUACUGGGUUUUUUUCAUGACACUUUAGUGAUCAGAUAGUUCCAUUACCCUCUACCAAAGGUUUCCUCUUGUAAGCUAUGCAUAUACUUCAGAGAUUUUUAUCGUCACUUUAGUCGACAAUGCUGCAUCGGUUUGUAAAAGGAUGUUUAUAUCUUGGCACUAGCAAAUAUGAGUGCUGGUUUUAAAGAUAGGCACUCUUUCAGUAAACUUUUAUAUCCUGUGUUUCAGUUUAAAGGGCCUAUGCACACAGCUGGUUGACAGUAAUAAACGGUCUUCUUAGGCCGAUCUUUAAGGACACAUUGGGUCAAACGGCCUUCUAUUAUCUCACACUCACGAGAGACAGAAUGACAGUAUUAUUUCAGACAAUGCAGGGAAGAAGUGUCUAUUGUUGCUUUAUUUGCCUUUUGUACGUUUUGAAUAGCGUUUUAUUAAAAGUUGCAGUUCAUGUGAGUGA